GGCAGAAGAUGGGAGUGAAGAGAUUAUGUUCAUCUUGGGGUGUCGCUCACAGGGUGUGAAGACUGCAGCCAGUACCACGACUCAGAAUGUCCCGAGCUGGGCCCAGUGGUCAUGGUCAAAGACUCCUUCGUGUUAAGCCGGGCGAGGUCAUCCCUUCCUCCGAAUUUGGAGAUCAGACGGCUAGAAGAUGGGGCAGAGGGAGUGUUUGCUGUCACUCAGCUUGUGAAGCGGACGCAGUUCGGUCCGUUCGAGUCCAGGAGGGUUGCUAAAUGGGAGAAGGAGUCCGCGUUCCCACUGAAGGUGUUCCAGAAGGACGGGCACCCCGUGUGUUUUGACACGUCCAACGAGGAUGACUGCAAUUGGAUGAUGCUGGUGCGGCCGGCGGCCGAGCCCGAGCACCAGAACCUGACGGCCUACCAGCAUGGCAGCGAUGUGUACUUCACCACCUCCAGGGACAUCCCCCCCGGCACCGAGCUGCGCGUCUGGUACGCGGCCUUUUAUGCCAAGAAAAUGGACAAGCCCAUGCUGAAGCAGGCCUGCUCCAGUGUCCAUGCUGCAGGCACCCAGGAUGGCAGCACCACCGUGGAGUCGGAGCCCAGCCAGUGGGCAUGCAAGGUGUGCUCUGCCGCCUUCUUGGAGCUGCAGCUGCUGAACGAGCAUCUCUUGGGUCACUUGGAACAAGCCAAGAGCCUUGCUCCCGGCAGCCAGAGCGAGGGGACGCUAGAGAAGGAGCCGGAGGCAUCCCGGGGGGAAGCCCCUGCAGUGCCCGGGAAUGGGAAUGUUGUGGCCACCAAAGAGCAGAAGAAAAAGCCUCGAAGGGGCAGAAAACCCAAAGCAUCCAAGUCCGAGCAACCUCUGGUCAUUGUUGAGGACAAGGAGCCCACAGAGCAAGUGGCAGAGAUCAUCACCGAGGUCCCCCCAGACGAGCCUGUGAGUGCAGCACCAGACGAGCGGAUAAUGGAGCUGGUUCUGGGGAAACUGGCCACUGGCACUGGGGAUGCCAACCCUGUGCCCAAGUUCGCCCAUCACCAGAAUAACACCAUCACCCUCAAAAGGAGCCUGAUCCUGUCCAGCAGACACAGCAUCCGGCGGAAGCUCAUCAAGCAGCUGGGGGAGCACAAGCGGGUUUACCAGUGCAGCAUCUGCAGCAAGGUCUUCCAGAACAGCAGCAACCUGAGCCGGCACGUGCGCUCCCAUGGCGACAAGCUGUUUAAGUGUGAGGAGUGUGCGAAGCUGUUCAGCCGCAAGGAGAGCCUCAAGCAGCACGUGUCCUACAAGCACAGCAGGACCGAGGUCGACGGUGAGUACAGACACCGCUGUGGGACCUGUGAAAAGACCUUUCGAAUCGAGAGUGCCCUGGAGUUUCACAACUGCAGGACAGAUGACAAGACGUUCCAAUGUGAGAUGUGUUUCAGAUUCUUCUCCACCAACAGCAACCUCUCCAAGCACAAGAAAAAGCAUGGGGACAAGAAGUUUGCCUGUGAAGUCUGCAACAAAAUGUUCUACCGCAAGGAUGUCAUGCUGGACCACCAGAGGAGGCACCUGGAAGGCGUGCGGCGAGUGAAGAGAGAGGACUUGGAGGCCGGUGGGGAGAACCUGGUCCGCUACAAGAAGGAACCUUCCGGAUGUCCAGUGUGUGGCAAGGUGUUCUCGUGCAGGAGCAACAUGAACAAGCAUCUGCUGACCCACGGCGACAAGAAGUACACCUGUGAGAUCUGCGGGCGCAAGUUCUUCCGCGUGGACGUGCUCAGGGACCACAUCCACGUCCACUUCAAGGACAUUGCGCUGAUGGACGACCACCAGAGGGAAGAAUUCAUUGGUAAGAUCGGGAUCUCCUCAGAGGAGAAUGAUGACAACUCUGACGCGAGCGCAGACGCGGAGCCUCACAAGUACAGCUGCAAAAGGUGCCAGCUGACCUUCGGCCGGGGGAAGGAGUACCUGAAGCACAUCAUGGAGGUGCACAAGGAGAAGGGCCAUGGCUGCAGCAUUUGCAACCGGCGUUUCGCGCUCAAGGCCACCUACCACGCCCACAUGGUCAUCCACCGGGAGAACCUGCCGGACCCCAAUGUGCAGAAGUACAUCCACCCCUGUGAGAUCUGCGGGCGGAUCUUCAACAGCAUUGGGAACCUGGAGCGCCACAAACUCAUCCACACGGGUGUGAAGAGCCAUGCGUGCGAGCAGUGUGGGAAGUCCUUCGCCAGGAAGGACAUGCUCAAGGAGCACAUGCGCGUGCAUGACAACAUCCGGGAGUACCUGUGCGCCGAGUGCGGGAAAGGCAUGAAGACCAAGCACGCGCUGCGCCACCACAUGAAGCUGCACAAGGGCAUCAAGGAGUACGAGUGCAAGGAGUGCCACCGCAAGUUCGCACAGAAGGUCAACAUGCUCAAGCACUACAAGCGGCACACAGGGAUUAAAGAUUUCAUGUGCGAGUUGUGUGGAAAGACCUUCAGCGAGAGGAACACGAUGGAGACGCACAAGCUCAUCCACACAGUGGGCAAGCAGUGGACAUGCUCCGUGUGUGACAAGAAGUACGUCACCGAGUACAUGCUGCAGAAGCACGUGCAGCUCACGCAUGACAAGGUAGAGGCACAGAGCUGCCAGCUGUGCGGGACCAAGGUGUCCACCAGGGCGUCCAUGAGCAGACACAUGCGGCGCAAGCACCCUGAGGUGCUUGCGGUGAGGAUCGACGACCUGGACCACCUCCCAGAGACCACCACCAUCGACGCCUCCUCCAUCGGCAUUGUCCAGCCAGAGCUAACUCUGGAGCAGGAGGACCUGGCCGAAGGGAAGCACAUGAAAGCUGCCAAGCGGAGUCACAAGAGAAAGCAGAAGCCUGGAGAGGAGGCAGGGGCUCCGGGACCCCAGGAGGCUCCCUUCAGCGAGUACGCUGAGAAGGAGACAGAAUUCACGGGCAGCGUGGGCGAUGAGACCAACUCCGCGGUGCAGAGCAUUCAGCAGGUGGUGGUGACCCUGGGUGACCCCAAUGUGACUGCCCCAUCGAGCUCAGUUGGCCUGACCAACAUCACAGUGACUCCCAUCACCACUACAGCUGGGACUCAGUUUACCAAUCUGCAGCCAGUUGCCGUGGGUCACCUUACCACCCCCGAGCGCCAGUUACAAUUGGACAAUUCCAUCCUGACUGUGACCUUUGACACCGUCAGUGGCUCCGCCAUGCUGCACAACCGCCAGAACGAUGUCCAGAUCCACCCCCAGCCAGAAGCCUCCAACCCACAGUCUGUGGCGCACUUCAUCAACCUGACCACCCUGGUCAACUCCAUCACACCACUGGGAAGCCAACUCAGUGACCAGCACCCGCUCACGUGGCGGGCGGUGCCCCAGACAGAUGUGCUGCCACCACCCCAGCCACAGACCCCUGCUCAGCAGCCAGCUGCACCCCAGGUGCCCGCAGAGCCCCAGCCACAAAUGUAUAGCUACUGAGCCACAGGCGACGCAGGUGACCCCAGAAAGGGGUCUUGGGGUUGUUAAAUUUGUUUGCUGGAUACCAAACAACAAAAAAGUCAUACAUUGCAAUAUAAGGAAGGUUGACUUAGCUUUUACAGAAUUGUCUCCAAAUCCCUCCAGCAACCAUUAUGGCCUGUCAACCUAACUUGAGAAGUAACCCAGUGGGCAAGAGUUCCAGAAAGGGUCAGGCUUUCACCACGCCUGGGCAGCAUAGAGCAUCUGGGCUGGGCUGCACCCACCUGCCCCACCAGGCUUCUGUGUCAGCAGCUUUAGGAACAUGAAGCUUAGAAGAAGGAUCCCAAGAGGCACGUGGUCAGUUACGAGGAGGGUAUUUGGCUCCCCUCUUUCCUGCUAGAGCUCAGUCACUGUAGUAAGCACAGGCACUGUUCAUAGGCAGCACACUGUGGGGACACCAUCCUUCCACUUUGGGAUUGUUUGGGCAGGUGAGGCAGGUAAAAGUUUGAGUAACAUUUAUUAUCUUCUUUGAAAUGUGAGUUGAGUGGCUCAGUCACUCACGCAGUGUUGGACUGAAGGGGGGUGUGAGAUGUGCCGUGGCAGCACAGAGCCUCCAGCCUUCAAGUUCAGCCCAGGUCAGGUGAGGUCGCUGACUGGCAUUGGAGCAUCUUAG